CUUGACUGUCUCUCAGAGCUCCAUAUUGGACCGUCACAUUCCUUCAAGAUCAUAACAUGGCGGCACCAAGCACUUCGGUGUUUGUACGUUCCUUUUCGCAUUGCUCCCUCGGCACCUGUCGCAGCGUGCGUUCUUCGACAACGCGUGCAAUUAGCACUGCUUCAUUUGCCUGUCGGACGCCGAAGCGAGAGCAGCAACCUAUCCGACCGCGAUACUUGUCACCGAGACACGAACGAACAGUGUGCGCCACGCCCUUUCGUAGCACGAGUGCUCAUUCUUAUUCGACAGCGAACAAUGCGCUGCAACCCAAAGACUCGGGCAUCGCGCGUCUUCCGCACCGCCGCCUCAUAUCUCUCCGCGGGAGCGCCACAGUCAAGCUCCUGCAGGGCCUGAUCACGAACGACGUCCGCGCCGAACGUAGUCAGUCGUUCUACGCUGCCUUCCUCAAUUCAAAAGGUCGCGUGCAAUGGGACGUCUUUGUAUGGGUAUACCCUGAGCUGCUGGCAGAGCAGGGCGACUGGAGUUGCUACAUUGAAGUGGACGAGUCGGAGGUUGAAUCGCUGAGAAAGCACCUGAAGAUCCAUAACUUCAGAACCAAAGUUCGCAUCGAGGUGGUUCCAGAAGACGAGCUGGGCGUAUGGGCUGCGUGGGGCCCGGCCUUCGAUCGCGUCAAUAAGCAGGCAGUGGAGACAACUCUGUGUGAUCCACGCGGCGAUCACACUCUGUGGAGAAUACUUGCGAAACCGGACAACAACUUCAUCGAAGACAAAUCGGACAUAUGCGACGGGCGGCAGUAUCACUUGCAGCGCUAUACACAAGGAAUUGCCGAAGGACCACAAGAGAUCCAAAGAGACAGUACAUUGCCGAUGGACGCCAACAUGGAUAUAUCUGAAGGCAUCGAUUUCAAGAAAGGCUGUUACAUUGGCCAGGAGCUCACGAUUCGAACCAAGCACCGCGGCGUCGUCCGAAAGCGGAUACUGCCUGUGCAGCUGGAUGUCCCGGGUGAUCAUUCAUCUUCGGUGUUAGGGACCAAUCCAAUGGCAGACAUCAAACGGCUUGAUGAGACGGGAGCACCAGUUGAAACGGGUCGCCCGGCCGGGAAGCUCAUCGCUUGUAUGGGUGACGUUGGCAUUGCGUUGUGCCGGUUGGAAGUGAUGACACCCUUGAAAAUCCUUGGCAGUGAAGGGGCUUACAGAGAGGGCAUGGAGUUUGGAGUGAAUGCAGAUGAAGGUGGACAUGUAGUCAAGGUCAAACCUGUGUUGCAUCAAUGGUCAAGAGAUAGGGAGACUAUUGUGUGGUCGAAGCCGAAGGCCAUAAAACGCGAACAGUAAGGCGUUGUAUAAAUCAAGUCACGUGAUUAUAAUGUAAGUAUCAUCGGCGCUAACCAAGCAGGUAUAUGCAGUUAAUUAGCAGACAGAAAUACUAAGACCCUUCAUGUCCUUGCUCAAGCCUUCUGGUUGUUCCUAAUAUGCUCACCGGUGUGCAAGAUGGGGACACUAAGUGUGGCUCAGC